CACCACUCAUUCAUCGAUAUUCAAUACCCUUCAAAUAUUAAACAAUUUUCUCCCCUCUCCACUUCUCUAUAUAAACUCGCCACUCCCUCGUUCUUCCCAUCAACAAAACCCUUUCAUCUUCCUUCACAAACUCUCCUCUUCCAAACACCAACCAUGUCCACAAUAAUGUCCAUCAUACCCACCUUGCUCUUUCUUUCCUUCACCUUGUCAUUGGCCUCGGACAUGUCCACCGACAACGAGGUCAUGGCCAUGUACGAGGAGUGGCUGGUGAAGCACCAAAAAGUGUACAACGCGUUGGGAGAGAAGGACAAGAGGUUUCAUGUUUUCAAAGACAACCUAGGAUUCAUUCAAAACCACAACGCUCAGAACCACACGUACAAACUCGGGUUGAACAAGUUUGCUGAUAUCACUAACGACGAAUACCGUGCCAUGUAUUUGGGCACCAAGAGUGAUGCCAACCGCAGAGUCGUCAAAGCUAAGAAAACCGGUCACCGGUAUACCUACGACGCCCGUGACCGGUUGCCGGUGCAUGUGGAUUGGAGGUUGAAGGGUGCAGUUGCUCCAAUCAAAGAUCAGGGAAGUUGUGGAAGUUGUUGGGCGUUCUCAACAAUAGCCACAGUGGAAGCAAUAAAUAAAAUAGUGACAGGAAAGUUUAUGUCGUUGUCAGAACAAGAGCUUGUGGACUGUGACAGAGCCUACAAUGAUGGAUGCAAUGGUGGUCUCAUGGACUACGCAUUCCAAUUCAUCAUUGACAAUGGUGGCAUAGACACAGACAAAGAUUAUCCAUACCGGGGCAUUGAUGGCAUUUGUGAUCCAACUAAGAAAAAUGCUAAGGUAGUGCAAAUUGAUGGGUUUGAGGAUGUUCCAUCAUAUGAUGAGAAUGCUUUAAAGAAAGCUGUGGCUCACCAACCCGUAAGCGUUGCUAUUGAGGCCUCUGGCAGGGCUUUGCAACUCUAUCAAUCAGGUGUGUUUACUGGUAAAUGUGGGACAAGGUUAGAUCAUGGUGUGGUCGUUGUUGGAUAUGGCUCUGAAAAUGGUCAGGAUUAUUGGCUGGUGAGGAAUUCAUGGGGCACUGGAUGGGGUGAAGAUGGCUAUUUCAAGUUACAGCGCAACGUGAGAGGCAUUUCCACGGGGAAGUGUGGAAUUGCAUUGGAGGCCUCUUACCCGGUCAAGAAUGGCCAAAACUAUGCAGUUUCUGAUUCUGCUCAUGAAAACACUCAAGUGUAUAUUAGCAGUGCUUGAAAUACGUUUGGAAUUGGGAAGAGGGACAAAUGCUUAAGUUGCAAGAAAGUGAUGCUUAUGUUACCUUAAAUGUUGCUAUUUACUAUGCCUGUUAGGCUGUUCUUGUACAUAGAUUUCUUCAGGUGAAAACUGAACCUGAAUAUCAAUUUGUACUGGUUUUCACUCAUUGUUAUUCCAUUUGAAUGCUUAAUUUGAAUUAUCCUUAUGCUAGUUAUAAUUCUGAUACA